AUGGGUUGUUGCUUCUCUUUAUUGUCGCGUGACACCAACCACGCCUCUUAUGCGACUGGCACCUUACCGGAAGGAUCGCCUCCUGGGAUCCAUACUACAACUAGUGCUAUCGUCACAAGCCAUCCUUCUACAUCGCUAGCCAAUGCUCCUUCGCCCGUCGUCCGUUCCGCUUCUCAUCGACAACCGCAACCCCGAUUGCCAUUGGGCGAACAUUACAAUGCUCCCAUCCGUCCUCAUGUCUGGUAUAGCAAACGUCGCCUCUGGACUCGUGCGCAACUGGACCAAGAACGCAGAGAAUUCUUCGAAACUCGAGUCACUGGUAAAUCAGAGGUUUGGGUGGCCUUGCAAGCCGCCAUCUCUUUUAUUUGGACCUCUGAUAUCGAGACUGCCCAGAGCAUCAUCGACGCCGCUGGGGUGACUGUCCCGACGGGCGAUCUUUGUCAGGGUUGCUAUGAUGAGCAAGGGGUCCUCUAUCGCUUACCUCAGUGUAUCGUGAGCGAUCCUGAAAACAUAGCUCAGGGAGAUACGGCCGAUGACAUCGACGAUGGCAAAUUAGCUCCGGAUGAAACAUCGGGUGACGAGCUCAUCUCAUCUGAACUGGAACAGCGCAAGGAGGAGAAGGGGAAAACAAGCGAACGAGACCUUAUCAAGGUCAAGGCACGAUUGAGUGAUAGGGAUGGUCCUGACAUUAUUGUGUCAGUCGGCAAAACUCAAAAUGUUGGCUACAUUGCCCGCAAAAUCCAACAGGAGGCCGGAAUUUCCAGGCCUCGACGAGUGAGGAUUGCCUAUCUGGGCAGACUUCUCAAAGAGCAGAAGACCCUGCCAGAUCAAGGGUGGAAUCCAAACCAUGUGGUCAACGCUUUAGUGACCACUCGGAGCUCUUUGUCAUGA